AUGCAGCUCAUCCGAAUCAUUGCCGCCUUCUCAGGCAUCACUUUGCGAACGGUGAAUGCCAAACUCGACGCCCGCGAAAAGGAUGGAAAAUAUGUGCUUGCCAAUGACCGGCUUUAUACCGAGAUUGACAAGACAAAUGGCGUCAUGACAGCCGUAAAGCUAGACGGGAUGGACAUGCUCGGAAGACCAUCAGGGUCCACCGGUCGAGGCCCUUACUUGGACUGCUACUGCACACCAUCGGGCUUCUGGACACCGGGAACACAUCGGCCAGAGUACGCCUUCUGGAGCGACAAUGCCACCUGGGCCGGUGUCAGAAUGAGAGACACGCAUCAAGACACGGGCCAGAUUAUGGAGCAGUACUGGUUCAUCCGUGAUGGCGAAACUGGUUUGCAUACUUUCUCAAGGGUGGCGUACCACAAUGAGACGCACCCUUUCCUGAGAAACUUGCAGGAGCUGAGGACGCUCUUUAGGCCCAGUACGGACAUAUAUACCCAUCUGGUCACAAAUGAACGCCAAUUUGCUCCACUUCCCAGUGCAGAGGCCGUUAAGAACCAGGUCGUCGUUCAAGAUGCUACCUGGUGGCUUGGGAAUACGCCCAAUGAUGCUUAUGUCCAACAGGAGUCGGACUACUUCACCAAGUACACCUUCAUGGAUGUUUGGAAGGAUCACAAGGCUCACGGAGUGUUUGCUGACGGCACAAAAACCCCUGAUAAUACCACCUAUGGUGCCUUUCUCGUUCAUAAUACGGUCGACACCUACUUUGGAGGGCCCCUGCACUCUGAUUUGGUGGUUGAUGGGAUUGUUUACAACUACAUGGUCUCGAACCACCAUGGCGAACAGACUCCAAACAUUACCGAUGGAUUUGACCGUACUUUUGGCCCAUCCUUCUUUUACUUCAACCAUGGGCCUGUCGGAGCCUCCUUACACGACUUGCGACGGGAUGCCGAACAAUACAGCGACCCGAAUUGGGGCGCCGAAUUCUACGAUAUCAUUGCUCCUUUCGUCGUCAAUUACGUCCCGACUUCCAACCGCUCAACCUUCCGACUUCAUGUAGAUCUUCCUCAAGGUGCUCAGAAUCCCACGGCAAUUCUCACCGAGAAUAACCAUUACCACCAAGACAAUGUCCACGACGCCAAGGCUCUGCAAUACUGGACUCGAAUAUCAGCCAACGGCGACGCCUCCAUCCCACGAGUUGCGCAUGGUAUCUAUCGGCUAACUAUAAUAGCUGACGGUAUCUUUGGUGAUUAUGUCAAGGACAACGUUGUCAUCUCACCCACUGCUCCACGCACACAUGCCCGUUGGCGAGAGGAGUCAGCCGGCACCGAGAUAUUCCGCAUUGGAACGCCUGAUAAGAGCAGCGGCGAGUUCAAGCAUGGCUACGAGCCGAGCCAGACCAAGCCCCUGCACCCAGAGCAGUAUCGGAUCUACUGGGGAGCCUAUGACUUUGUGGAGGAUUUCCCCAAUGGUGUCACAUUCAAAGUAGGAGAGAGCAAGGAGGUCGAUGAUAUGAACUACAUUCAUUGGAGCAUGUUUGGAGGCCGCGGAAAUCAUCGUCGGCCCGAACCCUACUCAGUCGGAAAGGGAGACGUCAACAACUGGACCAUCAAGUUCGACGUCAACGAAGAAAAAAUACAACAGAAGAGGGAGGCUACAUUCACGGUGCAGCUUGCCGGAGCAAAAACUGCAGCGGGCAACACGGAUAUUUUCAACGCCAGCGAACCGCAUGCCAACUUGGCGUACACUGUGAGCGUGAACGGCGCCGAUCUUGCCCCCUGGAUCAUCCCAUACUACCAUUCAAGCUCCUGUGGUGUAAGGUCGGCAGUUAUCUGCUUCAACCUAGCCCACAAGUUUACCUUUGACCCGACGCUGCUCAAACCGGGCGAGAACAAGAUUGUGUUGAGCCUGCCAUUUGCCGCGCAGAAUCAUGAAUCUGCACUACUGACAAGCUCUGUUUACGUACAAUAUGACGCAUUGAGGCUUGAGGUCCGAUAA